UUGUCACCCUUACCCAUAAUUAAUACUUAUAAAAUGACAUACAUAAACCAACUCCGGCCGGUGCUCUUCCUGUUCUACUCGGUGGAGACGUUCAUCAAUAUAGUUCUGAUGCACUAUUACCUGAGCGCAUUGGUUUUUAUUCAAGAAACGACAUUGUUCAUAACUAAAUAUACGUGGUACUACAGCUACCUGGUGUUCAUCUACUUUUUCACUGUAUUGACGCUGCUUGCCAGCGUGAACGUGUGUACCAAAAACAAGCCGUCGAUCCUCGAGGAAGUUAUUCGCCCAUUGGUGGCCUUUAUUGCAUAUACGAUAUUAACGUUUUUAGCUCUAUUCGACGCCACUGAGAACUUCCCGUUCAUGUUCGUCAAUACGGCGAAUAAUGACGUGCUACAACCGGAAAAGCCCCUGCAGCCAUACUUCAAAUUUCUGCGCGCCCAGGCGACGGCCUCGCUGUCGUGCAGUGUGGUCUAUCUGCUGCACUGCUUCAUCGCUCUGGAUGUCCUGCUGUCCAACGAGGACUCGGACAGCGAAGAGGAACGGUUGUCCGAAGACUCUGAUAUUGUUCUCGAGGUGGAGGCGGAGUAUACCCCGGUGCGGCUGUUUGUGCUGGGAAGCCACAUGCAACGCUGGCUGGAGAGCUUUCAGUGGUUCCGAGACUACAUCAACGAAGGUGUCCAGGAAAUCUGAGUUCCUGAAUCUUAAAAACUAUACUCGAACACUCCCAUCCUGGGCAACAAAAUAUAGUUACUAAUGCGCACUGUUGCCAUAUCGCUUCAGGGCCCAAAAGA